ACGUGACGAGAUGAAUUGCUGUGUUGGGGUCUGAGUCACUCUCAAUGUGCGUUCAAUAGCAAAAAACAGCCAGAGCAGCAGUCUGGUACAGAGCUGGUGGGGGCCGGAGAGAGAGGGAGAGAGGGAGAGAGGGAGAAGGACGCAGUGUGGGCGGGUUAAGAAACGCCGAGAGGGAGGGGACGCAAGCGUAAUAUUCCCACCGAUUUUCUCCUCUCCUCUGCUCCGUACAACCGAGAAAACAAGGGCAUCGCUCUCCUCAUCUUUCCUCGCAUCUCACCACCGACUCUUAACAUCAGGCCCCGAAAGACACCCCUGUCAUUUGCUUGAGCUGCUGUUUAAAAAGAGCAUCGGCGGCGUGUGUCCUCCACCCCCACCUCCUCUCUCUCUCUCUCUCUCCCUCUCUCUCAAUCUAUCUCUCUCUCUCUCUCUCUCUAUCCCCCUCUCAUACCUGGAGGUUUGGUUUGGUUUCAGCUUUUGCGGGAGGGAUUGCCGAGCCGAGCGGCAGGGGCGUGAGAGGCGGAUGCUGCGAGCGUAGAGGCUGGGUACCAAAACCAGGAGCAUCACCGCACUCGCCACGAUGGACAGAAUGAAUUUUCUCUCCUUCCUCUUCCUUUGCUUGACUUCGGUUGCCACUGGCAACAAAGCCAAUAAGCACAAGCCAUGGAUCGAGACAGAGUACCAGGGGAUUGUCAUGGAGAACGACAACACCGUACUGCUCAAUCCCCCGCUCUUCGCCCUGGACAAGGAUGCUCCACUACACUACGCAGGUGAGAUUUGUGGUUUCCGGGUGCAUAAUGGCCCCUCAGGUUCAGGUUCGGUCCAGUUUGAAGCAGUGGUUCUGGACCGCUCCACUGGUGAGGGUCUGGUUCGGUCCAAAGAGCCACUGGACUGCGAGAGCCAGCGGGAGCACAGCUUCACCAUCCAGGCCUAUGACUGCGGAGAGGGGCCCGAUGGAGUCAACAGCAAGAAAUCCCAUAAGGCCACCGUGCACGUACGAGUGAACGACGUCAACGAGUUCUCCCCUGUGUUUGUCGAGCGUCGCUACGAGGCUUCAGUCCCAGAAGGACGUCUGUUUGACCGAAUCGUGCGCGUGGAGGCCCUGGAUGCCGACUGCUCCCCGCAGUACAGCCAGAUUUGCUUCUAUGACAUCAUCACUCCCAAUGUGCCCUUCGCUAUCGAUAACGACGGAAACAUUAAGAACACUGAGCCGUUGGAUUCGAAGCGUCAGCGUGUUCACACCUUCUGGGUGACCGCUUUUGACUGUGGAAAGAACCGUGCUCAAGCUGACGCCCAGGUUGUUGUCACGGUCAAGCCAUCCUGCAAACCCGGCUGGAUCGGAUGGACCAAGCGUGUGGAGUACACACCUGGGUCAGGUAGCAUCCCCCUGUUCCCCAGCUUGCAUUUGGAGACCUGUGAAGAGACUGUGUGGAACAUCCAGGCCACCGUAGAGCUCCAGACCGGCCACAUCGGGAAGGGCUGCGACAGAGACAGCUAUUCUGACAGAUCAGUGCGACGACUGUGUGGUGCUGUGAGGGGCGAGGUGGACCUCCUCCCACCCCCAUCGCCUGCAGCCAACUGGACCUCCGCCCUGCCUACUCUCCCCUCUUCUGAUUCCUCUCUGGUCUUCUCCUUUAACGGCUCGAACCACGUUGCUGUGGUGCCUGACUCGGUUGUGUCAGCAUUAUCUGGCGACCAUUUCACCCUCCAGUUGUGGAUGCGAAGAGGGGGUGCUAACAUCCAGCCUGCGACCACUCAGACCAGAGGAAAUCACAAGGAGGAGGAGACUAUCGUGUGCGGCACUGUUAAGAACGAUGACUCCUUCUCCCACUACUCUCUCUCCGUCCACGGCUGCCGUCUCUCUCUCUUCUACUGGCCCGACGUCUCAGCCGCACGGCCCGUCAAGUUCUUGUGGAAACUGGAGCAGGUGUGCGACAGCGAGUGGCAUCAUCUUUCACUCAGUGUCCAGUUCCCCUCAGUGACCUUGUAUGUCGAUGGUGUGACCUUCGACCCCGCCCUCAUCCAUGACAAUGGAGCCAUCCCCAACCCUGCCCCCCGCCAGAGGAUGUUCAUCGGUGCCUGCUGGGAGCCAGAAGAGAAGCAGAAGGAGAUACUGAACAACACCAUCCCAGAGGGUAAAGACUCAGUGAAGUAUGUGGGUGGUUACCAUGGCCUGUUGUCAGGCGUGACAGUACGUCCCGGCAGCGUGGAGCCUCACAGUGUGGUGGAGUGUCUGUACGCCUGCAGGGAGGGGCUGGACUUUGGAGACCUGGAGACUCUAGGCUCUGGCAUGAAGGUUCAUGUGAAUCCCAGCCAGUCAGUGUUGGUGCUGGAGGGAGACGACAUUGAAAGUUUUAACCGUGCAGUGCAGCAGGUCACCUACAGAAACUCUCUACGCUUCGCCACCCCUGGAGUUCGGCCCCUCAAACUUACCACCUCACUCAGAUGUUUCAACGAGGAGAGCUGCCUGUCCCUCAAGCAGCUGGAAGGCUACCUGGUGGUCCUCCAGCCUGACGCCCCUCAGAUCUCUCUGUCUGGAGUCGGCCCCCAUCUGGCUCGUCCUGCCCCUGAGUUUGAAGGCCCUCGUGGCGUCCCCCUAUUCCCGGAGCUCCGGAUCGUCUGUUCACUGUCUCAUGCAGUCAACACAGCUGCGCAGGGGAUGGAGGGUGGAGCUCUAAUGUCAGAUGCUGUGGCUCACACUUUGGACGGCUGUGAGGUCCAACCUCUGGGCGAGGAGCUAAACCCAGAGAGGGAGGAACUUCUAGUCGACAUGGAUGUUGUGCGAGAGAGGGGGUUGGAAAUCAUCAAUACUACUGCGUAUAUUGCCAUCACAGGUGCUGAAUCCAUCUCUGUGUACGAGGACGUCCUUCGCUCAGUCCGCUACCGGCUGGCUAAAGGCUCGGCCCGCUUCGAGAGGCGGUUCCGCCUGUCCUGCUCUGAGAUGAAUGGCAGAUACACCAGCAAUGAGUUGACCCUGGAGGUGAACUUCCUCCACUCUCUGGACAGCCUGUACCACCCGUCCCACCUGCUGGCCUCCCAACAGCAAUUUCUCCAUCCAUCUCACCACUCUGGGGAGUUGAGUGGGCACACCUUACCCAAUCCUCACCGCAACUCAGUGGUCCCAGGAGCGGCCACCGUCAUCAUAAUGGUGUGUGUGGGUUUCCUGGUUGUUAUGGUGAUCCUUGGCGUUUUCCGAAUUCGCUCCAUCCAUCGCCGCGGGGAGGGUGCCAGGGGUGGGGCGAAGGAGGGUAGCAGCCAAUGGGACGAUUCUGCCCUCACCAUUAUCGUCAACCCAAUGGAGUCCUAUGAGUCUCGUAUGGGCAUCUCUGCUGACACGGAGGGAGAGGGGGAGGAAGAUGAGGAGGUAGCAGAGUCACCUGACGACGCAAGUGACGACCAGCGAAUCAUCAUCAAGAAGGAGGGGAGAGACGGCAACGCCCGUCGCUACUGAGCCACAUGUAUCUCUGCACCAGUUCUCAUGGAAACCACAAACCGGCUCACCAGUCACACACUCCAACACUUUUAUUAUCAACGACUGCUGACACCACUAGUAUAAGGAAUGUAUGCUUACAAACAUGACGCACAACACAUUCACUGUAAUACUCUUGACACUCAACGCCAUAUGUGACCUAUAGCCAACAACGGGCAGUUGUUCUCCACUUAAAUGUUCAAUGGCACAAUGUAUACAGUUAAUGUAAUUAAACCGCCUGAGCAAACCCCACCAAAAUUGUAUGUGGUGCACCAGUUCUAAAUCACAAGAUGGUAAUGUGUCUGUAUAUUGUAAUACUGGUUGAAUGAGACUGCUUUGUUUAAAAAAAAACAAAAAAAAAACAGAUUGUAUUCUAUCUUUUGUUAUUGAAUGCAAAAUGAAAACUGGAACAAUCUUCAACAUACUGGCCUUGAACAGAUCUGUAGGCAAAGACACAAGCCUCGAUCUCGACGUGUCUCCACACUCCCUUCUUAGACUGACUCAAGAAGUCUGUGCACAAGCUCUUUUCUCCCUCCUUUGCAUCCUCUCUCGACACAUUCCUCGACCACUUUUAAUCCACACAGUGAAGACAGUGAGGUCAAACAUUACGGUCACUCUCUAAUUUAUUUAAAAAAAAAAAAAAUUAAAAACACACAUGCUGGCAGACAUUUUUCUUUUGGUAUUGUGACUAGUUUAGCGCUUCAGCUCUCGAAUAUAUUUUAUCUGUGAUUAAUGAUAAGAGUUCUAGACUAUCAACCAUAAACCUCAAUUUAACGCAAAUCGGUACGUCAGCAAUACUCUAAGGAAACAGAGUAAGAGCCUCUAGGUGUUGAGCCCAUGCUACGUCAUUGUGGUUCUGGUUCAAACUGGAGUCUUUGAUCUUUGCAAAGAUGCAGCUUGUGCCACCAAAUAACAAAGUGUCUACAGUAAAACUGGUGUAACCUGACCUCUGACCCCCUCUCACAGUGACCGCUGGAAUGUCUCCAAAUGACUCUCACUGCACUGUUUCACUCACUGCACACCGCUCUUAACAGUAACUGCAACACGACACAUGCAUACACACAAAAACACACACACACACACCAUAACGCUACCCCUGCUGUUUCCAGAAUGUCAGCUCAGCUUGGGCAGUUUUGAUUGUAUUGAUUGUAAUGAAUUUUCUGUACAUACAAUGAUGAAUAUUAUGAUAUUAUUAUUACUAUUAUUAUUGCAGCCACUCUUUCUCUUUUACUGCACACUUUGAGAGGGAGCUGAUUAUCAUUUACUUUUUUUUCCCUCCCAUAUGAGUGAUCACCUUUACAGCAUCAGAAAACAGUAUGAUGAUAAUAAUAGUAGUAGUGAUAAGGAUGAUAAUCCCUGGCUUGAUGAGUGUCUCUUACUUUGUGUGUAAUAUUGUUGUAAUUUAAGAAUUUGUCAAUAUCUGAAUCACAGAAAAAGGAGGGCACAUUGUUGUGAUACCUAGACAUGUCUAUCUUUCACUCAUGUCAUCUUUCACACUUCCGGGUAAUAUUUUCACAUUUCAAAAACUAAACCUUUUUUUUAAAAAACAAAAAAUUUCUUAUUUUCCUCCCGCUCCAUCCGAUAUCUUUGGUUCAAUGAAUGUACAACUGUGUGCUUCUCCUCCACCCCUGCCUCCCUUCCUCCUUCCUUCACCUCUCCCUCACUCUCCCUCUGUGUCUCUUGCUGUCUGUCUGUGUAGCCUUUCAAUGUGCAGUGCUAAACCUGUCAGUAAAUAAAGCCUGUCGUUUUUGAGUGUGAUGUUAAGAAGGAAUAAACAUUGCAUUGAUUAAUAACUUAUAUUAUUACUAUGUUACUAUCGGAACAUUACCUGUAAUUAUUGAUACAAUGAUGACAUGGAUUAUGCUGACUAAUUGUUAUUGAGAACUGUCAGAAAACAUUACAAAAUUCAUAAUAAAAACACUAUAUGACGUCUCCAUGAGAAACUUUUCCUUUUAGAGUAGGGCUCUCACAAUUAAAUGCUUGGGAAGGAUCAUGUAGCACUGUGAGUUGAGAUCACAUGGGAAAAAACUAACCCAGAUUAAUCACAUAUGUUAAACUGUAUAAUAUAAUGAUACAAUAUUAUCAUUAAUAAUGAUACAAUAUUUGAGUCUUACAUGAGUAACCAUAUGAUCAGUUACA